UUUUAUUUAAUUAAUUUCUUCGUUCGACUUAGGAAUCAUUUCAAGGGCCUGAUUUGAAUCUACUUAUAAUAUGCUAACUACUGGACGAACAAGGCAGUUUUUAAUUAGACUUAAUUAUUAUCUACUAAUUCUGUUUUACCGGUUUUUCUGUUAUUUUCAUUUGGCAACAUUAUAAUUUGAAGUUUAUAUUUUUAUUGAGUCUGUAAGCGUCCGUCGGCCAUAUUGUUUUGUUUUGGAUAUGAGAUGGAACCGUGGCAAAUUAAAAUAAAUUUGUAAAUAUAGUAAUUAUUCGUUUCACUAUUUCGGAUUAUUAGUAAGGCAUUUACGAAGAACUAAAUAAAAUGGAUCAAAUGCAAGUGCCGGCGAGCUUGCCUCACAUAGUACAAGUGUACCCACCAUCUGUCUCCAUACACCCAUCGCUGCAGUCGCAAGGGAAGGUCUCCUACCAGCAGAGCAUAACAUCAGAAUCUCUCCACAUACCAGUCUCAUCUCAUAUACACGAUAUUCAGAACCAGCACCUGAUAUCGCAGAACCAAACAGUUAUGUCAUGUCAGCAGAUACAUCUGCAGAAUGUUCAGCCAUUGCAGACGCAAAUGCAGUCGCAGGUGUUGCAAGGUGACAUGAGCCAACAACUGCAGAUCACGUCGCAUGUGAUUCUGCCGCAAGUGCCAAUGUUCAAGCAGCACUUGCUGACCAACACUUUACAGCACCAGUUCUACGGCGAGUAUGAGGCGUUUUUGAAAGAUAAUCAAUGUGUUGUAGCAAAGGUUGAAGCGAACAUGCCGAUUGUUAAUGAGAAAGAGAUUGAGAUCAAACCAGAUUCUCAAACCAAAGUGGAGUCUGUAGACGUAGCAAUGAAGAAGCGAGCACGCAAUCAAAUACCCAACCCAAACAAAUGGGCCUGCAAUGUACGGAAACAGAAACACCAGAGAGGUGAAGCCUACAUAAGUAGGCGAGGUAAGUUAGUCCCCGAACGACAUAUUAGGAAUACUAAGGAUUGUCUAAAAUCCUGCAGAUAUAAAUGCAGUGAGAGAAUUAACGACGUAGAUCGACAACAUAUAUUCAAAGCCUUCUAUUCCCUCAACGCGAAUGAAAAAAAGCAUUUCUUACUAAACACUACCGAAAGGAACUCUAUUAAAAACAAACUUAUCAACAGCGAUAAUAAAAGAAAGUAUUCUUUCAAAUAUUUCUUCUUAGUUAGAGCGGUUCGGUAUACUGUGUGCAAGAAUUUCUAUUUAGGUACGUUGUCUAUAUCUCAGAAACCAGUUUAUAAUGUGCAUAUAGGUAAAUCUGAUAUGAAUUUACCUAAACCUGACGGUAGGGGUUUGUCUGAAGCGAGCGCUCAUUCCUUGUCCGCUGACGUCAAAGAUAGAGUCAGGAAACACAUAAUGUCGUUCAAUACAACAGAUUCGAAGCCUAUUAAACAGUUUUCUAGAAAAAAACAGUAUUUAGAGUCAAAUUUGAGCAUUAAGCAAAUGUAUGACAUGUAUGUAACAGAAUGUAGUAAAGACGAUGUAACAAUUGUCAAAGAAUCUAUGUAUCGAAAGAUAUUUAAACAGGAAUUCAAUCUGCAUUUCAAGAAGAAUAAAAAUGGCCAGUUUUGUUGUAGAUGUAAAGGAUCUAUUAAGAAAAAGUGAUAAUUCGUUUUGUAAUAACAUUUGCUAAACUUUUAUAUUUGUAUCCCUCAAAAUAUUGCUCGAGUAUGAAGAGAUUUAUGACAAAUUGUUAUACAUACUCAUUAAUUUAUAAAGGUUUUUUUUGGAAACUGACUGAAAUAUGACAAAAUUAAUUUAAAAGAUAUUAGAAAAAAAUAUUGCUGGAAACAAUAUUUUUGAUUGGGAAAUAUUUUGUUUUGAUAUUUGUUAUAAUAACAAUAUGAAAGAUCAAUGGAAUAAUACCUAUAUUUACAUAUUUAAUUUCAUGGAAUGAAUUAAAAUAAAUAGAUAAGUUAAUAGUUUAAAAACACUUCAUGUAAUUAAUGUAAGAAUAGGAAAAACUAGUCAAGACAAUAUGUAAUAGGUAACUUUCUUAAGUGAAAACGAUGAUAUAGGUAAAGCAACAUAAAUGAAAACUAAUUAAAUAUUAAGUAUUAUGUAUGUUUAUUAAAUACUCGCAGUUUUUAAAGAUAUAUAGAAAUAAACGUACAUACGUACGUUUUUCUAUUUUCGUGAGACGGUUUCGCUUUGAAAAUCGGGUGUAAUAUAUCGUAAGACGUAAAGGACGUUAGCAAUGCAAAAACAUUAAAAUAUUAUCAAGUGUCUGUUAAUAGUUGCUUAACAUCGGUUUAUUGAUAAACGGGUUUCGAUAUCGUACGUGUCCUACUAUCACUCUAAGGGAAACGCAUUAUAUCGCCUCUGACUCGGACCGCCUCGCCUCGCCUGGGGUGUAGUAGGAAUUGUUUUUUGUAGAAAAUAUUUUUGUGGCAAUCUGAAAUAUUUAUAACUUUAAAUUUUGAAUAUUGAGUUUAAAGUUACAACAGUAAUAACAUAAUAAAUGAAUUAAGUCAGUCAAUAUGACAACGCGUUUCUACUGUGUUUACGUUCCUUUACGUUACACACACACACAAAACCAUCUUCCGGAAAUAGAAGAACUAUAAAACCUUUUUUUGUACAUAAACACAGAAUAAAGAAUGAUACAGAAUGCAAGGUAAGGCCGGUGAAACCCAUAAAUAAAACAAACGUCAUGUGUCUCUUUGACAUCCGGUUAUACUAGUAACACUAACAACAAUUACGUAAAUUAAUAUCAUAGUAGACUAAUAAUCAAAAAUUACCUAUAAAAAUACUCCAUUUUUUUUUAAUGCUAAUUAACAUAAGACGCCGUUUUUCUUGAAUAAUAUUGAAAAUUACUGACGCGACGCUUCGUAUGAAUGUAUUCGUUUUUGAAUUUGUACUUAAAAUGGCAGCAUCUCUGCCUUGUUCCAUACGCUCUAUCUGCGAAUUAUUCUUUAAUCUGUGCACUUAAAGAAAGCAAAAGUGAUAAUCACAUCAACCCUGUGCUAAUAUGACAUGUACACAUAGUACUAGUGAAUAUAAAAUCUAGUUUGGUAUGAUCUGUUUUUUAGUAUUUUUAUACCUACCUACAUUUAAGGCUAUUGUAAUAAAAUAUUUUUAUUAAUAAAUUUGUUUUAUAUCUAA